AUGAGUAAAUAUAAUCCUUCCGUAAUAAAUAGAAAUGGAGGUAGUAGUGGGAGAGUUCCUCCUAAUUCAUAUGCACCUUCUCAAAUUCACCGCAGAGAUACUGACACACUUUCUGAAAGGUCAAAUUCGGACAAAAAACCACUUCCAAGUAAACCACGUGCACCGAUGACCGAUUCAUUUCUUAAAGUUCCUAUUAUGGACGAUCGAAUCGAAGAACUUUUGGACAUUUCUAAACCCUCCAAUCUCAGUGAAUUAAAAAAAUUAGCAGAGAAUCAUCCAACCCAGUGGAGUCCAAAGAGUUUAAUAAGUGCACUUGAACGACUUGCCGACACGUCUCCGUACAGUUACACCGUUAAAGAGACUGUUGUAAUGUUUGAAUUACAUCUAAGGACUUUCGCAUCGGUACUUGAGGUGUUUUGCCAAAAUCCAAUUAUACUGAACCGCAAUUUAAGACAGAGACUUUACGAUUCAUUAGCCGAAUUUAACGACAUACACCAUAAUAUAUCCGUUGCAACAUAUCAAGGGUUGCAUAAAACCUGGAAAGGAAAAUUACAACAUUUAAAUGUAGCUGACAUUGAACUCGACCUCCCAUCCGGUUGCGUUCAACGUAAUUACAACAUUGACUUCCUCUUGAUACACCUUCGAGACACCAUUCAUAGUUUGAGCGACGACGAAACAAAAUUUCGGGAAGGUUGGAGAAGGGUAAGAGAAUUCUUUAAGGGUGUUUUGGGUCUAGCAUCUGGAAUCGGUUCUGUCAUGGGAGUUCCAAACUUUAUUGACAAUGCAAAUGCAUUAACCACAUGGGGAAAGAUGAGAGAUGCAUUCGGAUUCAAAGUCCCAGUCUCGAAUUGUUACAAAGACUGGAGACUCUUGUUAAUGCUGAAACAUACGUUAGAUACUGAAGCCAAUAGUCAGAAUCUCAAGAAAUUUGGAGAAAGGAUGCUUCUCGAAUACCUCUGGUUUCAUGCGCAGCAAAUUUGGAGCAAGAUUGGUUCAUCACGAAACGAGGAUUUCGAAUUUGCAAAAGUUUUUAAUAACAAGAAGAAGCUGUUUGCCGAACUUACUGGCAUGGAACCUCUCUCUUACCCACAUACCUUAUGGUUUGGAAUCCUUGACCUUGCAGGAAGUGUUUCUCUUUCCUCCACAAACUCGAUCACGCUCUCCUUGUGUUAUUAUUUAGCUUUGGAAAGUUUAAAUCAUUCCCCGAGCACUUUUAUCAGGUUUAAGGCAAUCGAGCUCCUUUUAAGUCUUGAACAUCGAAAACGGGAUUGGUUUGGUGUCGUGAACGCGGAUUUGGAUGAAUAUGCCAAUCGUAUUGAAAAACGGGCCAAAUUCGCGGCACUUAUCGAUUAUGUCAAGUACAAACUCGCUAUUUCUUGUCAAUCAAGGAUGAAUUCUCGAAAUCUUGAUCUCAAAACCGAUGACCUUCAAGAUGAUUUUCCGGCUUUUACAGACCAAGGAGAUAAUCGAAUACUUAAUUUGGUUGCGGAAGAAUUAUUAUGUCCUGUUAUGCUGCAGAUAAGCGACGUUUAUUAUGCGUUGAACUGUGGCCACUUUAUGUCAAAAAAGGCCUUUGAUAUUUAUAAGACCGUUCAGAAUAAGAAAGAGAGGUUGAUUACUUGCACUAUUUGUAGAAUGGUCAUCGUUGAAGAGAGUAUAACAUUACUUCCACAAACAUCAACAUUGGGAGCAUUAUCGAAGCGACUCAAUGCUGCAGGACUUAUCCCUCAAGAAACUAUUGCAUCAUCCGAAUUUGAAAUUAUGUCCGUAGUUAGUGAGGAUAUUAAAAAACCUCCAAAUAAUAUAGACGACGUAAUUUCGAAACAUUUUGCAAAUCCCACCGACCCACCGGACCCUUUGCAGUACGUGAGGGAUUGUUAUAAAAAGAAUCCUCAUACUGCUCUCCUAAUUUUAGAUAAAACCUUGAUGUCCGAGAGGAAUGAUCCUUGUGUACUAUUAGAGCGCGCAAAGGUAUAUAUUUACCUUAAGCGGUUCGGUGAGGCUUUAAUUGAUUUGUCGACUGCCCUUCAAUACGACAAUCACAACAUGGAAUCUUAUUUUCUUAGAUCGAAAAUACACUUGCUAUCAAAAAAUUUUAAGGAAUCUCUUAAUGAUAUAAAUAUUUAUAUCAACUGGAUCGAAAGUUUAAAAACUGGAGACGAAAAUUUCCAAUAUUCCCAAACGGACUUGGAAGCUUACGAAUUAAGAGGGAAUGUUCAUAAAGAAUUAGGCUCCAUACAAAAGGGUAUAUAUGAUUACAGUUUGGUGUUGGAAAAUGAUAAAUCUAAUAUCAAGGUGCUGGCUAGUAGAGGUGCCCUCUUUCGAGAACUUCGCAAAUACAAUGAAGCUUUGGAAGAUUUGACGCAGGCUAUUCGAUGUAAUCCGAAUAAUUUAUUCGCCCUCUCACAGCGCGGGUCCGUAUAUUGUAAGAUCGAUAGGUUGUCGGAAUCUUUGAACGAUUUAAAUCAUGUAUCAAACAACACGACAAUUGAAGAGGAGAAGUUGUGGUGUUUGGCUGAGCGUGGAGACGUUUUCCGUAAACAAAACAAAUAUUACGAGGCUUUAUAUGAUCUGGACUAUGUGUUGGAACAGCAACCGGAAAACAUCUUUGCUUUAAGUAGGAGAGGGUGCACCCACUUCAUGUUAAAAAAAUACGACGCGAGCUUUCAGGAUUUGAAUAACGUUUUGAAUUUGGAUAAGCAUAAUUAUUUCUCCUUACUCUACAGGGGGAUGAUAUAUGCUAAUAAGUGUGACUAUUCAAAUAGUUUGAAGGACUUUAACACGGUAAUAAAACGUUAUCCUGAAAACCUGGUCGCGAUUCGUCAACGGGGAAUUUUGCAAUUUACUGCAAAGAAAUAUGAUGAAAGUCUUUCGGACUUUAAUAAAUUAAUCCAUGUAAAUAAGGGGGACGUGGGAGCGCUAUGUUACAGAGCAGAUAUCUUUUGUGAACUUGGCCGGUAUAAAGAUUGUCUAGAGGACUGCAAUACGGCUUUAAAGUAUGAUGCAUCAAACUUGCAUGGUCUUAGAGUAAGGGGGAAAGCGCUACGAAGAUGCGGACAAAAUAAUAAAUCUCUCAUUGAUUUGGAUAAAGUUCUUAUGCAACAACCCGAAGAUCUGAUUGCUCUCAAUCAAAGAGCUGCCGUUCUUACCUCAAUGAAACGCUACAAUGAAGCCCUCAAGGAUUGUGAAAAGAUAUUAAUUCUAAAUAAACGAGAAGACAUUUCGUCAUUCCAAGAGAGGGUAACGGUCUAUAAUGACUUAACUGAAGUUCUUGGAGUGGAUGAGAUUUUAAUUCAUUUGGGACGCGUACUCCAAGAUUCACCAAAAAACCCACUCGGGUUAACAACUCGAGCGUAUAUUUAUCUGCUCAAAUGGGAUUGCGACAAGGCCAUCGAGGAUUUGAAUUUUACGCUUAAAUAUAAACCAAAUUAUAUUUUAGGAUUGUAUCAGCGAAGCAUUAUUCGUAGAAUGACAAAAGAUUAUAAUAAUGCAUUAAAGGAUUUAAAGAGAAUCCUAGAUCUAGAACCGGAAAAUAAUUUUGCUCAGACCGAGAAGAAUGAAAUCGAAAGCAUGAAAGUUUUCGAUCAACCAAAUCAUUAUAACCAAACCUCAUCCAAUCAAAGUCAACCUGGUGCUUCACGACAGUCAUCAGGGUCAUCACUCUCUUCUAGUACAUCCGCCUCAGCUUCCUCUUCCAUGUCAAGCGGAACGAGAAAAAAAAGCAAUGCUCAAAAUCGAUAA